CAGCUACAUAGCAUUCAUAACUCUCUCCAUCCAUUGUAAUUCCCUCCUCCUUGACAGCCUCCCGUGUUCAGCAAAAUCAGAACUUUAAAUAAGCCCAAGUUCUCCAUCCACAACCCGCGGCCUGUCCCGCGUCUCUCUUUACGGUGCCAACGCCAGAGAACAUUUACGCUUCCAUAGACAUGGAAUCUCAAUAAUCACCAACUAAGGUUCUAGUCAUGCCAAUCUGUAUCGAAUGCAGAUAUCCCGUGAGCACACUUUAUACGACAUACAGCAAAGCCGAUGACAAGGCGCUCGGCAAGGGCGUGCGUUUAACACAAUGUCCGCGCUGCAAGCGUUUCGCGGAUAAAUACGUCGAGCAUGAUUUCGUAGUGUUGUUUAUUGAUUUGGUUUUGAUCAAGCCGCAGGUCUACAGACAUUUAUUGUUUAACAGGCUUGGCCGCGAUGAUGAUAAGUUUGAUCCUUCAAUCAAGCGACUGGGCGUCCUUCUCCUACUAUUCGAUGUUUACUUGACAUGGGCUCGUAUCGAAAAGGCCACUCCAUCAAUACCAUCUACAUCACUAUCACUCUCAACUUCCGCCACAAGCAGUGCUAAUACCAGCCUCUCCGCCACGAACGGAACGACAACGCUUCUCGGCGAGGCACUACCUUCCAGCUUCCUCGCCUCGCAGCCGAUAUUACUGCAAUACAUCUUCUUCCUGGCCCUAUGCGCUCUCGAGACGGCCUCAUUCCACAUUCCAAUCCGAGCUCUGCUAUGCUUUCAAUUCAGCCGACCCUUCGCUUCCAUCGUCCCUCAUUACCCACGCCCAGCAUUGAUCAGCACCGCUUUGCUCGUCUCGAGUUUCACCAAGUUGUUUCCGCUCCUACUGUUAGUCUGGAACUACGACCUCCCAAGUAGCGCGAGCGCCGUGUCCUGGGCUGUCAUCAUCAACAACAUCGCUGCGCUCGAAAUCCUGCUCGACUGCGGAUACAUCAAAUCGACGCUACUCUGUGGUGUAGGCGCGAUCUUUCGCGCGAGCGUCGGUUGGGGCAUCUUGCGCGCCGUGGGUGUGGAUGGUGGAGUAGCAGCUGCGGGCGUGGUCGAGACCGGAGACAUCAUCGACAUAUGGAGACAACUCACGGAUGCCCUGGGGUUGGCAUGAGGGGCCGAGUGAAUAUUUGCAUACGUAGCAUUGUACAGAUUUUACUAUAGGCACAGAGCCUACAGCUUAUGACUUCC